AUGCAAAACUGUCUCAAAUUAAAAACAAAAAGAUCCCAGCCACCAAAUGAUAAGAACUGGCCCUCAGAUAGUAAUCGAGCUCCCACCUUUUUUGAAUUUGAGCUGGGAUGGCUGGAAGCACAUUUAAAUACACUCACGACAAUGUAUACGGAUGAGAAAGAUUUGGAAAUCACAGACUUUCAAGACAAAUACAUCAACAUCAUACCUAACAAUUGGACCGUCUGUUCUUUAACAUAUGACCCGAUCAAUCAAGACUUGUAUGCAGUACGUAUGAGAACAGGUGAGACGCCAUAUGUUGUCAAGAUUCCAUUGAACCGUUGUAAGCAUCGAUCCAAAUUUCAUAGUGUCAUCAAGUACGACGAGGCGCUAUCUGAAUUUCAAGAUAUUAUUGCCGGAAGCGAUGAAACCAUCCAAAACAGCUCUAGCUGUAACGACCCUACUGAAGUAGAAGAUUGGUGGAAUGCGAGACGUGAUUUAGAUGAUAGAAUGAGGAAUUUAUUAAAUUCAAUUGAAAACCAAUGGUUUAGUGGAUUUAAGGGUAUCUUGGGUGGACGUACUUUUGAAUGCGUGAGUGAGUUACAAAAUCUCCAGAAAACCUUGAGCGAAUUUGCGUACAAAAUGAUGUAUUCAGCCUCAAACAAGUUGAAGCAAGUAGAGUUGGAUAUAAACUUUUGUCGUAUGAUCGUUCGUUUAGGCCCUAAACCCAAUCCAAGGGAUUUAGAAGAUUUGGCUUAUUUUGUCUUGUCACGUUAUGAAGCUCAAGAUGCUGAAUUGGAUCACUCAAAACUGGAUAUGAAGAAGAUGGCGGAUCAAAUGAAACUGUUGAACAUACGUUAUUAUGACGCUUCUCGUAGAGCCGGGAUUGAUCCUAACAAGAUCGUACCAAAUGAUCAUGUCAUUCUUAUCUUGGAUAAACACUUACAAAUGUUCCCUGUUGAAAGUACACCAAUCCUUUUCAAACAAUCUGUUUCUCGAUUACCGUGUCUUUCUUUUUUGAGAGACCGUAUUCUUUAUGCUCGAGCACAUGCUACCAGAACUUCCGGUACAACUAACAAAAACAAAACAGAAUGGAAAGAUCUCUCUGUCUCAAAAAAGAGUGCAUUUUACGUGUUAAAUCCCAGUGGAGAUCUAAAAGAUACACAAAAGGUGUUUGAGCCUAUCUUUAACAAUAUACCAGAAUGGAGCGGUGUGACAGAAGCAAUGCCUAUGGAACUGCAAUGCAGAGAUGCCUUACAAAAUCGUGAUAUAUACAUGUACUUCGGCCAUAGUGCAGGUCAAUCAUUUAUGCGCGGAACAUCUGUAAGACAGCUACCCAAAUGUGCUGUGUCUCUGUUAAUGGGAUGUAGUAGUGGUGUCUUGGAAUCUAACGGUGAAUUUGACCCUCAUGGUUAUGUAUUGAAUUAUCUAUUGGCAGGAAGGUAA